AUGUUUGAGGUGCGACCACAGCAAGACCAGGAUGAUGACGCCCAUCAGAAAGUGAACGGUAAUCAAGAAGUCGUACGAGCGCGAGCGAAUCCACGGCAGCACAACUAUGAACAUCACUGCUACUGCCGCGGCUGCCACGGAGCCGUAGCGCAAAGCCCGGUCGUGCCAGGGAAACCCAGUGUGCCAAGAAGCAGCAACCGCGUGAAGGGCCGACUGCACGACUGCCAUCAGUCCCACUGCCUGAUGUACCAGCCGGCACAAGGGUACAAAAUGAAUGACAGCAAUCGAGCCCGCUCGGUUGCCGGCGUCUCGGAGACUCUUAAUACCCAGGGUGUUGCAAGCCAGUGUAACUGCGAAGUGCAAAGUAUGCAAGAAAACUCUCAUCGACGUGAGGGGGCCAAAGGGGCCCAAACGGCGAAUGAGGUAAGGCUGGGGCCUCCAGUGCAAGCAAAGACGGACCAGAUGUUCAUUGAAAAUCUUGGAGAGACAAUAAUAAAAGCGCCGGUGAAGGAACACUGUUGCAAUCAACCCGGCUGCAACAUACGCGUAGAUCUGUAG